AUCCCUUAUCUCAAAAUACCCUUCUUCUAAAAAUAAUCAAUAGAAGUUCGUGCUUCCUCCACCUCUCAUUAGGCUAAUUAGUGAGCAAACACGAAGACACCGCGGUCAUAAUCAUAAAUUAGGAAAACCAGCCAAGGCGCACCCAAAUUAAUUAGCCCAGUCCCCAACACCCGCCAUUGAUUUAAAUUUAGCGCGCGGCACCAUAACCACAAAAAACAAAUCUCCCUGUGCAAAUUGUUUUGUUGCGUGUCGGGCGCCCAGCACGUGUUUCCUCCCGAAAAACCAGCCCUUCUCCACCAUUUUUCUCCUAAGAGGUUUGGCCAGGAUGUCUGGCUUGCGGAACCCCCGGCCCUUGGUGCUGUGCGGGCCCUCGGGCUCCGGCAAAAGCACGCUGGUGAAGAAGAUGAUGGCCGACUUCCCGGACAAGUUCGGGUUUAGCAUCAGUCACACGACCCGGCAGCCCCGUCCGGGGGAGGUGCACGGCCAGCACUACCACUUCACCUCUCGGGAGGAGAUGGAGCAGGCCAUCAGCGACGGGAGGUUCAUCGAAAGCGCCAGCUUUUGCGGGAACAUGUACGGGACGAGCAAAGCGGCGGUGGAGCAAGUGAUCCAAGAGGGCAAGGUCUGUGUGCUGGAUAUUGACGUCCAGGGGGUGAAGCAGGUCAAGAAGACGGACCUCAACCCCUUCUACGUCUUCAUCAAGCCCCCCAGUUUGGAGGAGCUGAAGAACAGGCUCACGGCGCGCAAAACCGAGUCGGAGGAGAGUCUCAACCAUAGGUUGAAAGUGGCCAGUGAGGAAAUGGAAUAUGGGACUUCGGAUAACUUCGAUUUUAUCGUAGUUAAUGAUAAUUUAGACCACGCAUAUGCUCAGCUAAAGUCGUUUGUGGAAGAAAAGGUUUUGAAAGAGACAAAUUAAUUGAUUUAGAUUUUAUUAAAAUUACAUUCCUUGUGGAGCAUUCUGGCCUAGUUAAUUAACAAAUUGUACUUAAUGUGUAGUCGUUGCUUCGCGUUACUUGACAUCGUUCUUGUUGUAAAUAGAUGCUAGAAGUAACUGCAUUUAUUGAUAGUUAACUGUGAUUUUGAGGUACUUUGAGAUUGAUUUGUACGAAACUAGAGCGUCCAAUUAAUGCUUUAUUCGUAAUGAAGCAAUAAACUUAAUUGUAUGUAAA